AUGGAGGCCAGAUUUACUUCAUCACUACAUGUUUUUGUAAGAAGUGUUGACAAGCUGAAUACACCGAGCAAUACUAGGAACAGCCAUGGGGACACCCAGUGUACUAGGAACAGCCAUGGGGACACCCAAAAGACUGUGGACAGCAAUGGGAACACCCAGAGUACUGUGAACAGCCAUGGGGACACCCAAAAGACUGUGAACAGCAAUGGGAACACCCAAAAGACUGUGGACAGCAAUGGGAACACCCAGUGUACUAGGAACAGCCAUGGGAACACCCAAAAGACUGUGGACAGCAAUGGGAACACCCAGAGUACUGUGAACAGCAAUGGGAACACCCAAAAGACUGUGGACAGCAAUGGGAACACCCAGAGUACUAGGAACAGCCAUGGGGACACCCAAAAGACUGUGGACAGCAAUGGGAACACCCAGAGUACUGUGGACAGCAAUGGGAACACCCAGAGUACUGUGGACAGCAAUGGGAACACCCAGUGUACUAGGAACAGCCAUGGGGACACCCAAAAGACUGUGGACAGCAAUGGGAACACCCAGUGUACUAGGAACAGCCAUGGGGACACCCAAAAGACUGUGAACAGCAAUGGGAACACCCAAAAGACUGUGGACAGCAAUGGGAACACCCAGAGUACUGUGGACAGCAAUGGGAACACCCACAGUACUGUGGACAGCAAUGGGAACACCCAGAGGACUGUGGACAGCAAUGGGAACACCCACAGUACUGUGGACAGCAAUGGGAACACCCAGAGGACUGUGGACAGCAAUGGGAACACCCAGUGUACUAGGAACAGCAAUGGGAACACCCAGAGUACUGUGAACAGCAAUGGGAAAACCCAGAGUACUGUGAACAGUAAUGGGAACACCCAGAGUACUGUGAACAGCAAUGGGAACACCCACAGUACUGUGAACAGCAAUGGGAACACCCAGAGUACUGUGAACAGCAAUGGGAACACCCAGAGUACUGUGAACAGCAAUGGGAACACCCACAGUACUGUGAACAGCAAUGGGAAAACCCUGAGUACUGUGAACAGCAAUGGGAACACCCAGAGUACUGUGAACAGCAGUGGGAACACCCAGAGUACUGUGGACAGCAAUGGGAAAACCCAGAGUACUGUGAACAGUAAUGGGAACACCCAGAGUACUGUGAACAGCAAUGGGAAAACCCAGAGUACUGUGAACAGCAAUGGGGACACCCAGAGUACUGUGAACAGCAAUGGGAAAACCCAGAGUACUGUGAACAGCAAUGGGGACACCCAGUGUACUGUGAACAGCAAUGGGAACACCCAGAGUACUGUGAACAGCAAUGGGAAAACCCAGAGUACUGUGAACAGUAAUGGGAACACCCAGAGUACUGUGAACAGCGAUGGGAACACCCACAGUCCUGUGAACAGCAAUGGGAACACCCAGAGUAAUGUGAACAGCAAUGGGAACACCCAGAGUACUGUGAACAGCAAUGGGAACACCCACAGUACUGUGAACAGCAAUGGGAAAACCCAGAGUACUGUGAACAGCAAUGGGAACACCCAGAGUACUGUGAACAGCAGUGGGAACACCCAGAGUACUGUGGACAGCAAUGGGAAAACCCAGAGUACUGUGAACAGUAAUGGGAACACCCAGAGUACUGUGAACAGCAAUGGGAAACCCCAGAGUACUGUGAACAGCAAUGGGGACACCCAGAGUACUGUGAACAGCAAUGGGAAAACCCAGAGUACUGUGAACAGCAAUGGGGACACCCAGUGUACUGUGAACAGCAAUGGGAACACCCAGAGUACUGUGAACAGCAAUGGGAAAACCCAGAGUACUGUGAACAGUAAUGGGAACACCCAGAGUACUGUGAACAGCAAUGGGAAAACCCAGAGUACUUCUGUAGAGAGCAAUGGGAACACCCAGAGUACUGUGGACAGCAAUGGGAACACCCAGAGUACUGUGAACAGCAAUGGGAACACCCAGAGUACUGUGGACAGCAAUGGGAACACCCAGAGUACUGUCAACAGCAAUGGGAACACCCAGAGUACUGUCAACAGCAAUGGGAACACCCAGAGUACUGUCAACAGCAAUGGGAACACCCAGAGUACUGUGAACAGCAAUGGGAACACCCAGAGUACUGUCAACAGCAAUGGGAACACCCAGAGUACUGUGGACAGCAAUGGGAACACCCAGAGUACUGUCAACAGCAAUGGGGACACCCAGAGUACUGUGAACAGCAAUGGGAACACCCAGAGUACUGUGAACAGCAAUGGGAACAUCCAGAGUACUGUGAACAGCAAUGGGAACACCCAGAGUACUGUGAACAGCAAUGGGAACACCCAGAGUACUGUGGACAGCAAUGGGAACACCCAGAGUACUGUGAACAGCAAUGGGAACACCCAGAGUACUGUGGACAGCAAUGGGAAAACUCAGAGUACUGUGAACAGCAAUGGGAACACCCAGAGUACUGUGAACAGCAAUGGGAACACCCAGAGUACUGUGAACAGCAAUGGGAACACCCAGAGUACUGUGAACAGCAAUGGGAACACCCAGUGUACUGUGAACAGCAAUGGGAACACCCAGAGUACUGUGAACAGUAAUGGGAACACCCACAGUCUGUAG